UUCCAACAUCUGCUAAGACUCAUUGUCAGACAGAGGAUCCUAACAGUUGGUCCUUUGAAGAACAGCUGAAUAGAAGUCCACAUAGCACGGGGAUCAAAUUUAUACGCAAUUUGAAAAUUACCACUCGAAAAACAGACCCACGCAAGAGACGGGGAAGAGUCGUUCGGUAUCUGAGAUUAAAAAGUAAUUUUCAAAGUUUACGAACCACGCGAAGGUAACGGUCAAUUUUUUUGGGAUUCUCAAAAGGUGCAGCACGCGAGUCUUCAAUUACAUGGAUACAAAAGAGGGCUACUUGUGCUAAGAAAACAAAAGAAGAAAUAAGUGUGGCAAGUUACAAAUUAGGGAAAGCCUCCCCUCUUCGAGGAAGACAAACUUUAUUUAAUUCUGCACUUGACGAUCGCCACAAGAAAUACAAUAAUCGUCUUGUGAUUUAGUUGUUUGUCCGAUUCUCUUUGUCUUGAGGAUAUUUUUAAAAAAAUUCAUCGCAAAUUUGCCGACGGCAACAAAACGUAACGUCAAGACAUUUCGAGCCGCUUCAAAAUCGAAGCGCGUAAUUGACCAUAAGGCAUAUCGCAUUUAUACGCCAUUCACUUCUGUUUAAAGCUGCGGGGAUCUCUUGUAACGAGACCGGAAGAAAAGAACUCCCCUGGGAGUAUUUGACGAAUCGUGAAAUCUUAUUCGCGUGAAUGUAACGGUGCGUAUAAAAGCACUAUAAUUUUAUAAACCGCAACGAUCAACGACCAUCGGAAGAAUAGCCACUUAUUUUACGACACGUUUCUAUGAAGUGUAAAAAAAAGGUUUUCCACGUGAAUCCGAAGGAAUUAAGAGAAUUUAAAAAAAGGAAUUAAUCUGACGUUGAUUAAACAUACGACUUUCUCCAUAGUUCAUUACUAACGAGGAGGAAAGGGAAUUUCGUUAACCGGUUACCAACUGUAACUAUCAGAAAAAUUCCGGUAUACUAAUUCCAGUAUCGGUACACGGCUUUGUACACGAGGAUCGAACAAGAAUUUCAAUAAGCGAGAAGACAAUUGACCUGGAACAUGAAGAGAAAGAAUAUCCCUAAUAUUGAAUAGUACGUAAAACACGAGGAACCAGGAGUGAAGGUUGGAGAACGAAAAUUUUUUGUGUCCUAGCAUCCCGUUAUAAAUGAAGGGGAAUCGUCGGUCAUUCAGCCACCGUUCAAUCAGUAAGAACUUGCCUACGACAACAUACCAAAGACUGGUUCAGGGACUCGUUUGUUUUUUUCGUCCUUACAACUCACCCACUUCUACCUCCUCCACGGGACAAGGUAAAGGUGGCCGGCACUUAGCAUACGUACAUAGUAAAGGUUAUUCAACUCGAGAAUGGAGCUACUCGGAGUAACGGUUUGGACUCGGACCUCGUGGAGGAACGUACAAAGUGAAAAAAUGCGGCUAAAACCUCUAGGUAUCCUAGUGAUCCUGUUUCUGUCAGGAUACUGCGAUGCUAGACCACAGAAAGACGCAACAGGAUCACAGGAAUCAAGAGCACAAGAGAAAGGGGAAGAGCGGUUGCCAUUGGAAGAAAAAAAUAUUUCAGCGAGUCAAACCGUCAGGGGGAAUAACAGUGGUCAGACAAGCAAUGGCAACAGAGAAUUCAAAGAUCUUCAAGAUAUGGACCAGUCGCUGAGGACCGUGGCCACACAGUUGCUCAACGUAACAAAUCCUGACGAAUCAAACACAAAUGUCGAAUCUAAAACUGUUAACGAUGGCCCCUCAAAACUUUUAUCAGUUGGAAAGUCUGAAAAAGUCAAGAAAACAGAAAACAUUGUGAGCAAGGAGAAGCCAGAAGAGAGCAGUUCGUUAAUAAAGGAAAUAAAUUCUGAAAUAAGCAAUUUGGAGUCUAUGGGUGUGAGCUUUGGCAGACCAGUUAAUUCAAAAUUCGGAUAUUUUGAAAGUGGCCAUCCGGGACAAGCAAUGGCAAUUACCGAAGAGGAACUAGAAAAGGAAUUAAGUGGCAUAAGGGAAACAACAGUGACUAAAAACGUUCCAACGACUUCCGGUGGAAUUUCCACUUGGAUUCUAUUAAACCCUCCAUCAACCACCCCAAAGACAGAACAGGAAGUGGAAAAGAAAAUUGAGAAAAAACCCGAAUCUCAACCUCAGCCUAUUAUAAAGUCUACAGCUACGAUACAAAAGGUAGAGCAAUCCUCAAAAAUUGAACCCAAACCAACAGCAACUAUAGAAAAAGUUCAAGCACAAACAACAUCUGAGAAGAAUUCACAAACAACAAGCAAAGUUGUUCCUGCCAGUACAAGAAGAACAACAGCAAUACCGAGACCGGAUAGAAUAAUGCCGAGUACUGAAAAAGUGGAUAAGCAAAUUACGACAACAACAACAACCAGAAGUAGAAUUCCUACUGACAAAAUUGAGAGCAUCACGACACCAAGAAUAACUACAACCAAGAAAGUAAAUAUUCCUAGUCGCACGACAGUUAAAACAAAAGUAUCAAUUGGUUAUGGAAGCAGUACCACUCCGAGACCAUCGAGUACAAAGAUCAUGAGGCCCAACUUCAGCAAACCCAAUAAACAACCAAGCAGAACAACCACACAGAACCCGGCAUCUGUCAAGACUGACAACACGUCCAGUCCUAAAAUUGAAAAAGUUACUUUCCGACCAGUUCAAAUGAUUUCCACGUCUAAACCUGAACGACCGAUGUUCAUUAAUAAGAUAAAGGCUUCCGUUCUCACUGAAAUGCAAAAAAGCACUACCAUACCACCAGCAACAAUUACUCCCAAGAUACAGCAUACAGCGUCCAACUUUACCGGAUCCGACCUCGUUGAAGUACCGAUGAAAAUAAAAACUGAAGGAUCUAAGGUCAAUAACGUGCUUAAGGUUCAGCUAAAGAAACCAGUAGAUGAAACAACCACGAUUGAGAUUGAGCCGAUAAAGGUGAACACGCCGGUAUUGAAUAUUGAAAAAGUUGAAAAGGUCGAUAAAGUCAAUAAGGAUACAAAGAAGAUUUCAAAGACACAGGAGACUAACGAACAAGUUCAGGAGGUUCUGAAUAAUUCGCAGAUCGAUUUGAAGUUUGAUUUCAAUCCAGAAUUGACUAAGGUUCAUAUGGAAAGUUCUACUGAAGUUGGAACUACAAGUACCACAAAGAGACCUAGACAUAGUUCUAAUAAACGUAAGAAGAAUAAGGUCAGAAGGCGAAAACCUUUAACUUCGACAACUUUAUCAACGUCCACUACCUCUGCUUCGACGACGUUGGCAGAAUCAUAUGAAAUUUCUACAGAGUCGAAUGUCAUUGAGAAUUCCAUUCAAGAAUCUAAGGUAGAGCCAGAGACCAAUUUGGCGAAUGCGACAAAGAAAACAAAAAAGCCAUUACAGAAACCCAUUAGUACACAAAUAUAUAAUUUUCUUAGUAGAGAAGUCAUGCCCAGUUUUGGGGUAAUGUCUUUGGUAGGUUUGGGUCUUGGAUUAGCCUCAUAUUUCCUUUAUCCAUUUGGCGGUGUCAUAACACGACGUAAUUACGAUGUAGAGCCUAAUUAUAAGUAUAAUCUGGACGAGUAUGGCGGAAAUUAUGGCCAGAACGAGGAGGAAGUAUUUUCAAAAGUUCUGCAGGGUAUGACGAAUCAUGAUUCGAAGUUCGGAGGUAUCAAGGAUUAUGAGAAUAAUUAUUAUCGGUAUCAGCAUUAUGAUGGGCCUUAUGUGGACCCAAAGGCCACCAAAAACACUGACCAGAGGUAUCCGACUUCUGUGGCUCCUUCUUAUGGACCCAUUGAGAAUGCUUAUGACCUCAAGUAUCGUAAUACGGAAUUCAAGUAUCCUGACGUACCGACAACGUCAAACUACUACGACCGACAGAAGCAAGAGUUCGCUGCGACCAACGACGCCACAGGGAAUCCACAAUUUGUUGUUGGUAAUGUACCCAAGGAGUACUCAACAUUUGAGAAGAAGGCCGGGGACCAAACGAAUUCGAAUCAUCGCGACAAGGAAAAUGUUCAAACGACAUUUGAACAGAAUAUUGCUCAAAAUUAUAAUUUCCCAAAAAACCCUGUGAAUCUUCCACAAAAUUUUGCGCAACCCGAAGCCCAAGCAUUAAGAGUUGAGGGUCCAUACGAAGAGAUACAGAUAUCACCCACUGCAGUGGCAGUAGAACAUGGUCCUAGAGCGUUGAAAGUGAAGAGAUCUGCAGAUCUUCAAAAUAUGAAGCUAUCGAGAAAAACAAGGGAAUCCGUUAUUCAGAUUAUUCCGUCAAAGAGCGAAAUGGAAAUGGAAGAGAAGGAAAUGGAGAACGAGGAGAAUUUGAGUAAUGAAAUUCUUGAUAUAUUAGACUCUGUUAUACCAGGAAGUGAAGCCGAGAAGAAGCACAAGGACAAAGAAGUGCUUCACAAGAUCAAUGAGCACGUAAAAGCUGAGAAGAAGAAACAUGAUGAGAAGUUGAAGAGUCACGAGAAACAUGAUCACACCGAGAAGAUUGAAGCUGCGUCGAAGUUGCAAGAUGAAGCGACAACUUCAACGCCAGCAGAAAAGAGGGCCGACACUACCAGUAUGGAGGCUUCGAGAGAAGAGAGCACACAGGCUUCGUCAACAAGCAAGUAUGAAAGUACAACGUAUAAAUUUACUGAAGACAGUGAAGAGGAUGAAGAAGACGUGAAGGAUAAUGAAGAUACAACUGUGGAACCAUCGGAUGAUAUUACAACGGAAAAAAGUGAAAACGAACAUGAAGAGGGCUACACUGUCUUCGGCUUUGUGAAGAGGAUCGCUGAGAUCAAAUUUCGACUUGGUUUAACAAUACUGAAACAUGCUAGUGAGGGUUUUGCUAGAUACUUGGGUCAUGUUCAGAAAAGGAUUAACGGAGAGGAGUAAAUAGGUAAAAUUCAUAAUAAUGCCUCUCUUCGAAUGGUAUAUGCUUCAGUUUUAGAUCUGAAGAACUGAAAAAUUGAACUCGAUAACUAUUGCGAAUGCACUUGAACAUUCACGAUUAAUUUGAAUGAUGGUCAAGUGCAUUCUGUGGUCCAUCAUUUUUCAAAAUCUUGGAACGCUACAUUACGUCCCGUUUCCAUUAGAAUUUGAAAAAUUUUUAUGAUAUUGCUCUCUUAGGUAUUCACGUCACUUUUAUUUUUGCUACUGAGCAUAUUGCAAUGACUUCGUAUUGGCUAUUAAUAUACAGUAUGAUUUUAGUAUUAAGGUAGUAUUAAAUAAAAAUAUCAAAUAUAGAAAAUGCUAUAGUAAUUCAGAUACUGUUACAUUUUCUAUAUUUUGGUUGAGUCUAAAAAAAUAUUCGACUAGCGAAAAAAAAAACAUAAUAAUUUAUUGUAAAGUAUAUAAAUAUAAGUACAUAUAAUAUAAUGCGAUAUUCUUUAAUGUAAAUAAAUUAUAAGGAUUCUUGGACAAGCGAAAAUACACGCAUAUAAUAUUA